AUGCCCAUCGCUGCGGGCCUCGUGACAACGUUUGAAGUUGAUACAAGCAUGAUCAAGCUCAUCAUGUACACUGCCUUGUGCGGCCUUGCCUAUGGGAUUGGUUUCUCAGGGCCUCAGAAUGCGGUACAGACUGUGUUGCCUGCAGACGAGAUCCCCUUGGGCAUGUCCAUCAUGCUAUUCGCCCAGUCAUUCGGACCAGCCGUGACGAUCGCAAUCGCACAAGUCAUUUUCACCAAUCAGCUCUGGACCAACCUCAGUGGCUUCGUUGAAGGAUUGACUCGAGGAGAGAUGGAGAAGAGUGGUCUGAGUGAGAUUGUGUCAAGUGUGCCAUCAGCAGAAGCGAGGCAAGUUCUUGAAGGGAUUGAUAAGAGUAUCAGCCAGACAUGGUAUUUGGUCGUUGGACUCGCCUGUGCAACCAUGGUUGGGUCAUUAUUGAUCGAGUGGCGAUCGGUUAAGUCGAAGCGCGCAUAG